UAAUUUUGAUUUGUUUGUUAUUAAUUUUUUAUGACUAAAUAUCAAAAUCAUCCUUUUCAUUUAGUUACUCCUAGUCCGUGGCCUAUUCGGGAUAUUUUACGAGAGGCUACUUAUCAGGGGUGUCAUUCUAUUUAUGUUAUUAAAGGAAUAAAAAUUGGAAUGAUUUUAUUUAUUGUCUCAGAAGUAGAAUAUACAGAAUAG